AUGGUCUCGCGUCCAGUGGCGGGCUGUUCCCAGGCAGCGGGCGGGCUGCGGUGGCUCCCCGGCGGCAGUGUGCAUUUGCAGGCGGUGGCGCUCACGUCCGGUGGCGGGCGGCGGGCGGUGGGCGGCCUGCGACACGGGGUUCCUGGCCAGCGACGCGCGGGUCCUGUCCCACGGCGUGAGGCUCCUGAUUUUGUGACGCCAGGCGUUUGGCGGCCCCGACAUGCGGCUCCUGGUGGGGAUGUGAAACGCCAGGAAGCCCGCGUCAUCGCCGCGGGCGUGUGCGGCAUCUCCCACGCCCGCGCCCGGCCCCGAGGCCAGCUCACCGAAGCCAGAGUUCGAUUCCUCAAAUCCUUGACCUGUCUUUUUUUUCGUGGAAAUAAAAAAAAUACCGCCCCUCCCUCUCUUUCCCGAGGCGGCGGCGGGGGCAGGGCGAGGGCGCCCCGGCAGCCCUUCCUUCCUCACCCCCACGCGGGCGCCUCCCCCUCUCCCUCCGGCGCCUGCGCGGCCAGCUGGUGCCCGCGCCCCAGCCCCUCGUGCGCGGGAAACGGUGUCGGGGAAGGCGAAGGAGGUGGCGGCUCCAAUGACCUUGACCUUGAUCCACUCGAGGAAGGCCCAGAUGCGCCGAGGAGGCUGUGGAUCGGGCCUUCGUGGCGACUACCUCCACUCAUCCGUCCUCGCCCCGGAGGCAGCCAGCCCAAAGGCGCGGCGGGCCUAGAGGGGCGCCCCAGCGGUUGUUCGCCCGAGGGCGUGGUGGCAGCGGAGGUGGCACCCUUGCUGACGUCGUGGCCGGUGCUGCGGCAACGGGAGCAAUCGUCGUGGCUGGGGGUCCGAACCACCAUCGCAAUUGUUCUUGAAGAUGCUCUAUCUGAUCUUCCAGAAGCUACAUUGGGCUGGUUACAAACAAGAAUGGAUGAUCAAGGAGUUUUCAACACAAUUAAAGAAGCUGUCAAUUUGCAUCAAUCAAAGAUCUAA